CGGAUCGGCGGAUCGUCGCGCGCGUAAUAAUUUCCGAAUUUUCACUCUCGAUCGCGCAGUAUACGCGCGCGUGUAACGUGUAAUAUUCGUGCGUGUGUGUGCGUGAAUGCGCGCGCGCGCGUGUGUGUGUGUGUAUGUGUGCGUGACGAUCCGGAGCAUCUUAAGCAAUAGCAGUGUUUCAUGGUCUUUGAAGAUCUGCGGCGGAGUUUGCGGCCACGUGACGGUAACUGCGGUUACCGGGACGCAGUUUCUACGGACGUCGAUGCCGCACCGGAGGAUCCGGUUCGGGCCGAGCAGAGUCGGCUUGAAGAUCCGCAGCAGAACGCGGCUGACUCUGUCUACUGUGUAUCGAUUCUCGGCUCCUCCCGCGACGAUGAGCGAUCUCGGACGCUUCCAAGCGACGCCCCUGCGUAAUCCGGCGGCUCAGUCAGCGCGACGCGCAAAAGCACGUAGAAUCAAAUCUGGCGGAGCUGGCGACCACACCACGAGGACAGUUGGACUUCCGGUGGACGCGCGGAUGCCGUACCGGAGGAUCCGGUUCGGGCCGAGCGGGGUCGGCCUGAAGAAUUGAGCAGCGGAACGUGGCCGCCCUGACUACGAAGCGGUUCG